CGAAUCCUAGACCCAUCCGCAGCCAGCCACUAACUCGGCGGUCCCCCGCAGAAGGCCCAACUCGCUGACGUCACCGGGCGGGGGCGGCGGCGGCGACGAGGCCGGCCACCUGGCCAGCGACCAGGCGCGCUCCUCCGACGAGCCGGAGGACGACGACGAGGAGCGCAUGCUCGACGUCGUCGGCGACCGCGCUUCGCCGGCGCCUCCACCGCUGCCAACGCUGCCGACGCUGCCGCCGGCGCCCGGCAGCCCGCCCCGGCCAGACACGCCACUCAUCAAGCAAGAGGCCAAGGAGGAGGUCAAACCCGAGCGGCCGCCGCCGCUCUCGUUCCGACCCUACGACGACAGCCCCAGCAAGAAGCGGUCGCUGACGGCCGAGCGGGAGCCGGAGCCGGAGCCGGAGCCUGAGCCAGAGCCGGAACCGGAGCCGGAGCCGGAGCCGGAGCCGGAGCCGGAGCGACGGCGGGCGGACAGUGAGCGCGACAGUGACAGUGAACGGGACGGCAGUGACGCCGAGUGCGGCAGCGCGUUCCGGAGCGUGCGCUCGGAAGGGCCGCGCACCUCGGACGAUGAGCGCCAGCCGAGCACGCACCCGAACGUGUCGGUCGGGCCGCCCAUGCAGCCGCCGCACCUGCUGCCCUACCUGUACUCGCCCGGCCUCUACCCGCACCCAAGCAUGGGUCUGCCGGGGCUCGGCCACCUGCUGCAGCAGAACGCGGCAGCCGCGGCAGCCGCCGCCGCCGCCGCCGCCGCCCAGACGUCGCUCCCGCUCAACCUGCUCGGCUCGGCCUCAUCGCCGCUCACUUCCACGGCCGGCUCGUACCUGGGCGCGGCGCAGCUCAACCCCAACCUGCUGUUCAACGCGCACCUGGCGCUGGCCGCCUCGGGGCACUCGUUGUUCGCGCGGCCGGCACACGGCGCCACGGUCGCCUCGCAGCUGAAGAACAUCGAGAACAUGGUGAACGGACUGCACCGGCCGACCGGCGACUGA